AUGGUCAAUGAAACCAUCAACAUCCUCAAGGCUGCUCAAGCAGAAGCAUCAGCCAAAGCCGUUGUCUUCACUUCCACUGCUUUGUACGCCUACGAUCCCAACUUUCAGCACUCUUCGAAGUGUUUCACCGUGUACGGUGCUGCUAAAGCAAUGCCAGAGAAAGCAGCAUGGAAAUCCAUGCAAGACGAGAAGCCGCACUUCACCUUCAACACUAUUCUUCCGACUACCAACUUUGGGCCCUCACUAGUUUACGAGAAGCAAGGACAUGCUUCUACAGGAGGCUUUCUUAAAGCCAGCUUUGACGGUGAUGAAGCCAUUGUCAAGGGCGUGGUACCUAUGUAUCAUAUCGACGUUCGUGACGAUGCGAGGGUGCAUGUUCCUGCUCUCGCCGAUCCGCAGACGGCUGGCAGACGGCUGGCAGACGGCUGUGGGGAUAUGGCGAGCCCUUUCAUUGGAACAUAG